GACGACACAUCUCGAGAUCGAGCCGUUCACGCUGCUGGGGGCAGUGGCCGGGCUGAUUCCGUAUCCCCAUCACAAUCAAUCUCCGCGAAACACAUAUCAGUGCGCCAUGGGCAAGCAAGCGAUCGGCGCGAUUGCCUACAACCAGCUCAAUCGGAUCGACACCUUGCUAUAUCUGUCGGUUUACCCGCAACAGCCCAUGGUCAAGACCAAGACGAUCGAGCUCGUCGGUUAUGAUCGACUUCCGGCCGGGCAGAACGCGACCGUCGCGGUGAUGAGUUAUUCAGGCUACGACAUCGAGGACGCGUUGAUCUUAAACAGGUCUAGUCUCGAUCGCGGCUACGGCAGAUGCCAAGUUCUGCGCAAGAAUGCGACUCUGAUUCGCAAGUAUCCCAAUGGCACCUUUGACCGGCUGGCCGAUGCCCCACCCGACGAGAACAACCCGGGCACCGUCGCUAAAAAGUACGACAUUAUCCAGUUGGACGGGCUCGCCGGCGUCGGGGAACGCGUCGAUCCAGGGGAUGUAUACGUCAACAAACAAUCCCCAAACAACGCCUCCGACGACGCUUUCGUCGGCCAGGCGGCGACGGUUCCCUACCGGAACACGCCGAUGACUUACAAGUCGCCCGUUGCAGGCAACAUCGACAAGGUCAUGAUCAGUGACACGGAAAAUGACCAGACGCUAAUCAAGGUGCUCAUUCGACAAACUCGGAGGCCGGAGCUCGGCGACAAGUUCUCUUCCCGUCACGGACAAAAGGGAGUGUGCGGGCUGAUUGUCAACCAAGAAGACAUGCCGUUUAAUGACGAUGGAAUCAAUCCCGACACUAUCAUGAAUCCGCAUGGUUUCCCCUCGCGCAUGACCGUCGGUAAAAUGAUCGAACUUCUUGCCGGUAAGGCAGGUGUCUUGAGCGGGACCCUGCAAUACGGGACCGCAUUUGGUGGCUCCAAGGUUGAAGAUAUGAGCCGCAUUCUGGUGGAAAACGGGUUUAGCUAUGCGGGCAAAGACAUGCUGACCAGUGGCAUCACUGGCGAGCCGCUCGAGGCCUACGUUUAUUUCGGACCCAUCUACUAUCAGAAACUCAAGCACAUGGUUAUGGAUAAAAUGCAUGCCAGGGCAAGGGGGCCGCGAGCUACACUGACGCGUCAGCCGACGGAAGGUCGAUCCAGGGAAGGGGGAUUGCGGCUAGGAGAGAUGGAACGCGAUUGUCUUAUCGGUUAUGGCGCAACUCAACUUCUUCUUGAACGGCUGAUGAUCUCGUCAGACAAGUUUGAAGUGAACGCAUGCUCAAAGUGUGGUCUCAUGGGUUACAAUGGCUGGUGUCCAUUCUGCAAGAGUUCCAAGAAAAUGGCGCAGCUCACCAUCCCAUACGCAGCCAAGUUGCUUUUUCAAGAGCUCAUGGCGAUGAACGUUGUUCCCCGUCUGAUUCUCGAUGAUGCCUAAUGAUUUUAUAUGUUGUGUCGGCGGCCAUGAUAUCAAAUGUACCAUAGAUAUCCACUUCUGGAACUGUAGCCCUACGUGACCCAUAAUCUUAAGCGUUUAGAGUGGUUUCUGAUCCCGGCUGCUUCUCAUCUGAUGCCGCGGCCAUCAGCGCACUCCUCGAUCCAUCACCACGAUGAACUCGCGCAGCAACAACUCCUCCACCGCCCUUCGGCGGCUCAUGACGGAGUACCGACAGCUCACAUCUGGAGGAUCACCCGAUGGGAUGUUCACUGCUGGGCCUAUAACUGAGAGCGACUUCUUCACCUGGGAGGCGCUCAUCUCCGGGCCCCAGGACACUCCAUUUGAAGGCGGGGUGUUCGCGGCGAAACUGACUUUCCCCUCCGACUACCCGCUAUCCCCUUUCAAAAUGAAGUUUGACCCGCCGCUGUUCCAUCCCAAUAGUACGUGUCUUGUGCUUGUGCCCGGUCCCUGGUCGCCAUCACUUGUUCUCGUACGAUGCUGUUUCCCCCCCGCAAUUCCACGAUCAGCCCGGCCAGCCGAUGCAUAGCCGUCGUGCUUCGCAGAUGGAACAGCCUGUCAAAGCGGGAUCCAUCUGUGUAUCCAGCGCCGAUCAUCCCCAUCUUCACAAGACAAGACCAGGGCCCCCUUGGAUCAAUCGGCGAAUUGAGACUGAUGUCUGGCACUCUAGUUUACCCGGACGGGACGGUCUGCAUCUCGAUCUUGCAUACACCGGGAGACGACCCGAUGCAGUACGAGCAGGCAUCGGAGCGCUGGAGCCCGGUGCAGAGUGUCGAGAAGGUUAUUCUGAGUGUGAUCUCCAUGUUGGCCGGUGCGUAUGAAUCGUAUGUCGUGCCGACUCCCGCUCUCUCUGACAAUGGACUCAGAGCCCAAUCUCGAGUCCCCUGC